GGGAGUGGUGCGUCGUUUGCUCUCCUUGAACAACAUAAAAAAACACAAAAGCCGGUGACAAAUUUGUGCCAAAGACAGAGUGAAGACAGUGACAACGGAUCAGGCCGAUGUUACGUGAGUCAUUGGUGUGCGGUAGGCUUCAUCUGGUGCUCCGUAGUCAACCACCCUUACAUUAAGAAUUGAAGCCGUCCAUUACUCUAACCUGCAUUACGUUCGUCCCCCGCUAUGAAGAGCUUCCGUCAAAGACUGACAUUUAGGGAAAUCGCCUUCAUAUAGUUUCGCCGUUUUGGAUCUGCUUACAGGUUAUAUACCUGUUGGUAACUUGUACUUCUUUACCGGGCCAACUUGUUGCUUUUCUGUCACCUAUCCCGUCACUGUCUCCCAGCAACCACCUGCAAAUUUCUGAUUCACUCGCGAACAUCCUGCCUCGCUGCCGCUUCAACGGAUUCUCUACUACCAUGCCACGUUGUUACAUGGUUAAGAAACUGAGCAACAAGUACCAGAGCAAUGCGAGAGAAGCGUGGGAGAAGAGCUCUGCCUCCCCGGAAAGUCCAACGGAGGGAUGUAUUGCUCCACCAUACUAUUACAGCCCUCUGGCAGACACUUCAAGUUUUAAUCCGGAAUUCGUACCAAAUGGCAGUCUCGAAGGAAUCAAACAGACAUCCAGCCACCACUCAACUGCCUCUCUUGGUCAAACACACCACAGUGUUCGGAGUGUCGAAGAAACAGAAGCUGCCCACGAUCUUCUUUCUUUAUCUCAAAGUCUACCACCUCUUCAGGCCCCUUCAGCCGUCACGAUACAUGCAACUCUACCUACAGAGGAAGCCAUAUCCCCUUCAAGACAGCCUUCGCCUUCACCACAAGACAACAACGCCAAACACCCAAAACCCCAGGUCAUCAUGCCCAUACCCUGCUACCCCUCCCCCAUCGUCUACGUAGUCCAAAUGCCUCCCCUUCCCACACCCCCAACGUCAGACUGCUCCUCCGACACCGAGAACCUCCAGAUACCAACUUUCUCCACGUUCGAAAAGAUAAAAUUCGCGAAUGUCCAGGCGCCGUCCGAGGACCAGAACAGCGACAUCUUGAUACUGCCGCUGUCGCCGGAACCGGAAGUUGUAGAAAAUGGCGCGGAUCGAUCGAGGAUGGCAGGCGGGGGCGAUACUGUCAAAAUGGAAACUGUGAUAGCGUCCUGCCCGUUGGACAUACCGGACAGGCGGAAACGCAAAAACAAAAGGACCAAUAAAACUAAGAAGACUUCAAAAAACAACAACGUCAACGAUACGGAACAGUCGGCGUCAGCUGACCUCAGGACACCGAAGGGGCCUAAACCAAAAUAUUACAAAGUUGUAGCAGUGGAAGAAGUAGACCAUGACUACCGCAUUCCAACAACGCCAAUGGAAGUAGUGACUGAGAUCAAAACGAAUCGCUACGUGUGCGGUGAGUGUGGUAAACAGUACGCAACGUCCAGCAAUCUUUCCCGACACAAGCAGACCCACCGAAGUCUGGAUUCGAACAACGCUAAGAAAUGUCUAACCUGUGGUAAGGCCUACGUUAGCAUGCCAGCCUUAGCGAUGCAUCUGCUAACCCAUAAAUUAUCCCACUGUUGCGGUGAAUGCGGAAAGCAGUUCUCUAGACCUUGGUUGCUCCAAGGUCACCUAAGGUCGCACACGGGCGAGAAGCCUUACGGGUGCGCGCAUUGCGGAAAGGCAUUCGCAGACAGAAGUAAUUUAAGGGCACAUAUGAUGACGCAUUCGCCCGAGAAAAAUUUCAGUUGUUUCAAAUGUAAAAAAACUUUUGUACUGAAGUCGUAUCUGAACAAACAUCAAGAGUCUGCUUGUUUGACAGUUGAGGAAAGAAAAACGUUGGAGAAUGAAACGAAGUCUGUUCAUGUUGAAACCCAAACGAUUCCUCGUUGAAAUUAUUAGGAAUAUUUCAUUUUUACAACUUCAAUUCUUAGAUAUCAGUCUGAUUCGGAACAAACGUCACCAAACAUUGUAUCCAAUCUAGAGGGUGUUUUACAAGUUUUGAGACAAACUUUGACAGAUGAUAGUUGUGCUCAUUUUGAACAUUUUUUUUAUGAACAUAGAUGCGAUCGUUUUCGUUUAGAGGUUACAAGAACUUGAAAUAAUUCAUUUUCAUGUUGGAGUUAAGUAGGCCGACCAACGAAAAUAACAGUUGAUAUGACAACUAAAAUUUUGUCCAUGGUAACUUCAAAAACAUGCACAAAAUGAUAGGUUAUCAUGUGAUCUAUCGAAUCAUAAUGAACAUAUAGGGGCACUAUAGAAUUCAUAAAACAUCAGACCACCAACGUUUUAGUUUCAACCUUUGGUGUGAGAUUCGAUUUGAUCCCAAUAGAUGUUGUAAAUGAUCGUACAAAGUACAAAUUUGUAAAAAAAAUUUGGAGUAAAACCUUUUUGACUAGAGCACAACAUUGUUGAAAACAAGAAGUAUCAGAAUGAUGGUGCAGCAAAUAAUAAUUUACCGAAUAAAUGGAUAAGUCGAGGAGGACUGAUGCCAUGGCUACCUUGUUCACCGGAUCUCAAUCCGUUAGAUCUUGAUUUAUUGGUAAAUAUGAAGGAACGCGACUAUAAUGUUGAAAUCACAUAUCAUCAACAAUUACUUGAUACAAUUCAAGAUGCAGAAAAUCAAAUAGGCAAAGACCCAAAUCUGAUCCGCCUAAUUCAGUUCGUUGAUGUGAAACUUGCUUUCAAGCCGAAGGUGAUCAUUUUGAGCAAUUUUUAUUGUUUGUUGUUUGUGAAGAUUAUACAAUGUUUGAAGUUCGAAAAAAGUUUUGACAAGAAAAUAUCUUUUUUAAUUCUUGUAACUUCUAAACGGAAACAUAUCAGACAUAGGAUCAUAGGAAAAAAUCUGGUAAAGUUUACUAUAGAGCUUGUAAAACACCCUGUAUAAUGUCGGAUUGAUCUAACCAAUGUUAACUCCUGGAAAUAUGUCAUUUACCAAAUAAAAAAAAUAUUCAGAUACAAUUCAUAUAUUUCUCUUUAUGGUUUAUGAUAUACAAAAUAACAUUUUUCAUUUCUACUCAUAUUGAUGAAUAUUUCACAAUCUUAAAUUACAAUAAAUAUUCUCGAUUCCAGUCCAUAUUCUUUGAUAUAUUAAAAGAACUCAUCCUGUGUAUUCUCAUUGAUUGAGAUUAGAGGUAUCCAUUGCUUACCAAUAAUCAGUUACUUGAAUUUGUGAUCUUGCUACUUGUCUGCCAGCCUGUCGCUUCUAGGAAUUUAUUCACCCAUUCAAGCCGGAUUUACAUAAAAUAAUUACCUAUUACAUUUAUGUAGGUAUAUGGUUUCCUGCUAUCUAUUGUGAUAUUUUUAUAUUUUAUACCUUGUAAGUAUGAUAACUGACAUCGUUUUUCCAUUGAAGAUAUUGAUUGCCUAAUGAAGCGUUUAUAUUCAAGAUUCAUUCAUUUCGAAAUUUUCUCGAAUAUCUUUACCUCUAGUUGUUGAUUGGGAUUGCUUUGUCAUCAGAAUUUUUUUGUCUUAUAAUUAUCCAUUUGAUUCAUUAAGGUCUGUCCAUUUCCCAUCAAAUAUGAUUCAUCAAUUGCCUACUGAGGAAGAUUUUUAAUCCAACUAAUUGUAGAAAUUAGUAAGCAGUAGUGUAAAAUGAUAAUUACUCAUUGCAUUAUCCAAUGUACAAGGCAGUCGGCAGCUAAGUUCCCACCGAUUGAUAAAUUCAGUUGACCAGAGGUGAAAGUACCGGGCCUACUAAAUAUAACGUGAACGCUGUUUGGUUGACAUGUCACAAAAGGUGUGUACAGAUGCAUUUUAUUAUGUACAUGCAAUUCUCCUCACCCUGGUAUAAUCACGAUCUCGUAUUCGUGUGCUCUUUUUUUUAUUGCAAUCAGAUGACUGGAUAGAGCUCGCGUGUUACACCCUCAAAAGGAGUUAAUUAUGAGAAAAUAAUUAUUUCACUCAACAACAUGCUUUUUAUCGACUGGUCUCUAGAAGAUGAAAGUAUUUUUCAUCAUGGGUAGUUAAGACAUUUAUGUAUAUUUUUGGCGCUGUCUUAUUGGUAAUGGAAGUGAUUUCCCAGGAAACGAGAGAAUACAUAUAUUGGCAAUUCCGAAAAAAGUACUCCUCAAUCGGGAAUCGAACCCGCAACCUCCAAACCAGUAGUCAAGCGCUCUCACCAGCUACCGAGGAUUCUGAAAGUUCCAAGCGUAUACGAGGAAUCCCUUCUACCAGAAUCAAAUGUUCUAUUCACCUUUCAUCCAAGUCGUCGUCGACAUAUAGCGACAUCAAUAGGUUUAUGAAUCUUUCGAACAACCGAAGAAUAUUGAGCCAAAGAUGAAUUUGAAAUAAUGAUUUUUGUCUGAAAAUAAUGGAUGAAAGAUGAAUAGAAUAGAGUUCCUCGUAUGCGGUUGGAACUUUCAGCUUCCUCGGUAUCUCAUUGAUGAGAGGGCUGGACUUGUUAUUUGGAGGUUGCGGGUUCGAUGUCCGCUCGAAGAGGUAAUUUUUCAGGAAUUAAAAAUCAUUUUCAUGCCAAUUCUCCCAAAUAUUUUCAGACAAAAAUCAUUAUUUCAAAUGUCAGAGAAAUAUUUUUUGU